CACAAACAUACACUAGGUGGCCCGUUAACUACAGUGUUUUUCAUUUAGUAAACAAAAAUGGACUUUAUUGACGAUUUCAUAGAGGAAUACAAAUGCAAUCCGUGCCUCUGGAAGGCGGACUCGGCGGACUUCAGGAACCGCAGUCGGCGGCAGGAGGCCUAUGCGAAACUGAUAGAGGUGGCCACCAAGCACGGGGAGAUGUACAAUGUGGAGCGAACAAAGCAAAAGAUAAACAAUCUGCGCUGUGCAUUUCGUCAUCAGUUAAGGAAGUACAACGAGGUGAAGAAAAAGGGCGAAAAGUACGAGCCCUACUGUCCCAAGCGGCGCUAUUUCGAGUCCCUGAUGUUCCUGAAGGACGAGGAGAUCCCCGGCGACAAGAAGUGCAAGCGGGAGCAGUCGGGCUGCCUGGAUAGCUCUGUGCAGCUGGCGCAACCGGAGAAUUGCGAUGAGUUCUCCGACGCGGAGAGUCUUCCCAAGCCACCGAAAGCCCAGUCGACCGAUCCGAACAAGCUGUCCCCGAACAGCAGCGCCAACGAAUUCUGUGCCAACAUCUUCGAGGAGGCCGCCGUCGCCGCUGACCCCGUUAUCAGUAUUAAGACAGUCAAUGCAAACAACCAUGCUGGUGGCGCUACCAUCAAGGAGGUCGAGAUCGUGGUACCAGCUAACAACAGGCUCCUGUCCGCCCGCAGAAAAUCCGUUCCCGACUCCAUAACCAUAAAGUCCCCAACUGGCGGCGACUCCGAAUCGCCGCCUUGCAAACGCAUUGUCGCCCAGAGUCAGAGCCAGCUGAAACUGAAUAACAACCAGAGCCAUGGCCAGAAACCAAAUCACAUAAUCACCCGGAAAAGGUCUUCAUCGGUCUCCUCGCAAAUCUCCGAGGAUAACGAACCGCCGGCUGGGAAAUUCCGGGCGGACAUAUCCACCAUUGACUUUGAGCGACUAUUUUCGCUGGCAUUAAAAAGCGCGGACAGUCAGCUGGACGAUCACUUCUCGAACUUUGGAAAAAUCAUCGCCCACAAGCUGCGCUCGAUGGACGGAACCCAGGCCAUAUACGCAGAGAAGAUCAUCGCCGAUGUGCUGUAUCAGGGCCAGAUGAAAAUGCUGUCCACGCUGAGUAUACACCAGUUUUUGGGCGUGGACAAUGCAACAGUUUAUCUAGAGAGCCACAGUAAAUGAUGGCCUGGGCCCUUUCAAGACGUACUUUUAGAGUUUAUGUAAUAAUAAGAUGUAAUAAUACAGUCAUGUGUAUAAA